AUGGUUCCACCGUAUGGCAGUGCGCGGAUUGCGACAGGAACUUCAAAAACGCGACCUUUUAAACCAACACUACAAAUACGUACACCUCAAACAGCGUCCCAAAUUACGGAGCUGCCACCUCUGUCCAGAAAAAGUGCCAACGCAAUAUCGCCCGUUUCACAUGGAAAAAGCACACGGACUGCCCCUCCCCAGCUGCGGGGCGUGUGGCAAGAAGUUCGCCUUCCCAAACCAAGUGUUGCGCCACCAGAAAGUCUACCAUAUGGGCGAAAAGCAGUUCACGUGCGCGAUUUGCGAGAUGAAAUUCGUGUCGAACGGGUGGAAGAAGAAUUUGAAGACGCAUAUAUACAUGCAUUUGGAUGUGAGGAAACAUGUUUGCAGUAUUUGCAACGAGUCCUUCGUGCAACAGAGCAGUUUGAAAUAUCAUAUUACGAAGCGGCAUACUGA